GUUAACUGUCGAGCGCUGAUUCUUGAAAUCUUCACCGGUAGCUUUUCUUCAAGUUACAAAGAUGUCGCUGCUGCUUUGCCUCGUAGCGGGAGCAGUUUCCUUUUAUGUGAUACUUUACUACGGUGUGUUCAGAGGAGCCAGGUACUCAAGUUCAGUGAAGCUAAAGGGGAAGACGGCCAUUGUUACAGGGUUUAAUGUAUCUGAAUUAUUGACCAACACAGGAAGCAACACUGGCAUUGGGAAGGCGACGGCGCUGGAUUUGGCGAGGAGAGGAGCCAGAGUGAUCCUGGCCUGCCGCAACAAGGAGAAGGCUGAGACGGCUGCUUACGACAUCCGCAGAGAGACUGGGAACAAUCAGGUGGUGUUCAUGCAGUUGGAUCUAGCGAGUUUGAAGUCCGUUCGAAGCUUUGCCGAAAACUUCCUGAAGACUGAACCCAGACUGGACCUCCUCAUCAACAACGCAGGUGUGAUGGGGCCAGGACAGACUGAGGAUGGUUUUGGCAUGGCGUUCGGUGUGAACCACCUGGGUCACUUCCUGCUCACUAACCUCCUCCUGGAGCGUCUGCAGAAGUGCGGUCCCAGUCGGGUGGUCAACGUCUCUGCUCUUCUGCAUCGCCUGGGCAGCAUCGACUUCCCUCUUCUAGCCUCCAAGAAGGAUUUGGUGUCCGGUCAGUCCACCUGGCACAACUUUCAGGCCUACAGCAGUAGCAAGCUGUGUAAUGUGCUCUUUACCAGGGAGCUGGCCAACAGGCUGGAGGGCACCAGCGUCACCUGCUACAGUCUGCACCCAGGAGUCAUCUAUACAGAACUGUGUCGCAGUAUGAGCCUCUGGCAGCAGCUCCUCUUGUCUCCUUUUGCCAAGCUCUUCUUCCUUGACCCUGAGGGGGGGUCCCAGACCACUUUGCACUGUGCCCUGCAGGAGGGGAUCGAACCUCUCAGUGGGCGCUACUUCUCUAGCUGUGCUCUGCAGCAAGUUGGGACCCGGGGACGAGAUGAUGCUCUGGCUAAGAAGCUGUGGGAAGUGAGUGAGAGGUUAACCGGCUUAUGAUGAGAGACUGAGACCUGAUCUAGGAGUUCUGAGGACUCUGUGGGACUCAUCAGAGACGUCUCAGGCCUCAGGUCUGCUUUCUUAUGGUCCUAUAAGAGCAGAUGGGUCUUUGACAGCACACAAAGCGUUAAAAUGUUUUUAUAUUUCUGUUACCUGCUUGCGCUCCUUAUAAUUUCCUUUUAUCAGAUGGAAGAUGUGACAGAAACAAAGAUAUGUCAUGAUUGCCCAAGUGGAUUAACAAGAUUUUCUCACUUGUGAGGAUGAUCUUAACCAUUUAAACUCCAGCGUGGUGGGAUUUAUACCUGAUUAAAAGAGCACAGCACAUAUGAGGACCUGCAGGAGGUACGAAUGAGUGAGGAAAAAGAGACAUUAUAGUGGAUUCAUGAGAGAGUACGGGUGUGGAGAUUCUUCAAAUGCACAGUUCAAGUUAUCUUUAGAGAUAGAAAUUAUAAUUUUAUUUGAUUCAAACUAUUUUUAUGCACAGUCAGCACUAUUAUACGCACUACUGUUUGGAGAUGGACCAAAUCUGAUGCCUUUCUGCGAGAGCUUUGAAAAAUGUAAUAGAAGUUUAAAUAGAUAAAUAGUAUAUGUCUUUCACAAGAUAACCCUUGUUUCUACUUUCACUGAUGGUUAUAUAUUUAAACCCCUUCAAGGAAGAAUGUGCAACAUUGUGAUCCAGUAGAUGUCGCCCUUGUACACCAGCAUUAAACUAAAAGAAACUUCUGUUUGGCGCCACCUCCGCUAAUCUGAAGCCUCUGCUCUCCUCACACCUCCAACCCCUCUCCACUCGCAUUUGCAAGAAGGAGUUAUCAAUUAGACUGCACCGUUAAGCGCAAGCGGCGGACAAAAUUGUCCAUUGCUCAGGCUGCAAUUAACUGUCAUCUGCUUUGUUGUUUAAGCACGCACAUGUUAGCACACUUUGGUUAACUCGUAUAUUCAUAUUGCACAUUAAUUGACAUUGAAUGAUCGUGAUCUAAAGACACUUACAAGACAUCAAAAUAUGAAGUGAGUAUGUUCUUUUUGUUUUCUCUAGUCUUUGACUAAAACAGCUUUUUUACACAAGGCUGUCCCGUCCAUGUAAACACAGCUCUGACAACAGUUCAGCUGGCGGGACUCGGACUAUGUGUAAAAUGUUGCAUAUUCUUCCUUUAAAUGCAAAGUAAUUUUAACAGGAAAUUUGCCCUUAUCAGUAAUGAUGCAUUACCUUUUAGGACUUCCCAAGUUAAAACAAUGUUUGUAUGUUUUGUGACUAAUAUUUUUACUCACAUCAAGUCUUUUACAUGUAUUUCAUAAGUUUCUUACACUGAACAAAGAAUAAAUAAAUAUUGA